UGAUCCAUUAUAUAAAUGCGAAACCCUCUCUCUCCAUAUCGUCUCUCCUCUCGCCACUUCUCACUCUUUCUCUGCGCCAACUUGCGUCACUAGCAAGCGGCGAAACAAACUAAGAGCGCCCAAUUAAAACAGAGGGAGCAAAUAGUCGGAAAAUCGAAUUCUAGAUGGAUCCAGACGCGGUGGCCAAGGCCUUCGUCGAGCACUAUUACACCACUUUCGACGCCAAUCGGGCGGGUUUGGCCAAUCUCUACCAAGAGGGAUCCAUGCUUACUUUCGAGGGCCAGAAGAUCCAGGGCGCCCAAAACAUCGUCGCUAAGCUUACUAGCCUUCCCUUCCAGCAGUGCCAGCACAGCAUCACCACAGUCGAUUGUCAGCCCUCUGGCCCUGCUGGUGGCAUGCUCGUCUUUGUCUCCGGUAACCUCCAGCUCACCGGUGAACAACAUGCUCUCAAGUUCAGCCAGAUGUUCCAUUUGAUGCCAACACCACAGGGGAGCUUUUAUGUGUUCAAUGACAUUUUCCGGUUGAACUAUGCAUGAAGACAAAGAUCAACCACUAAAGUCUUUGUGAUUCAAAUGUUCAGGGUUAAAACCACUCUUUUUAUCUUAGUCUGGUUUUAGACAAUAUUUAAACUGUGAUUUUUGGUUGGUUAUGUUUAAUGUUACAUUGUGUCUCUUUGUUGUUUGGAAAAUCAGAGAUGCUUUAUUGUGAUUGGUUGGAUUGGUAACUAGAAGCUCUCCUGGAUUACUAGUUAAGGAUUGGUAACAUCUUUUUAGUUAAUUUAAGUUUUGAAGUUUUCUGGA